UUAUUGUUUCCAGGCCAGAACGAUUUAGGGCUUCAACACUGUCUUUAUCUCCAAGAGAAAAGCGCGGCCCUGAUGGCGAACCAGCUCUACGGCUAUACUUACGGCGGAGGCGGCGGUGCCACCACCCUCGGCUCUUCUUCUAGGUACUUGAGCGCCGACUCACUCUCCUCUUCCUCCGCGCUGUCGUCUUCAUUGCUCUACAACCCCGAGAGCUACUCUACUAGGAUUCCUGGCAUAUCCGUUACCACUCCAACGCACGCGUACGGGCCGCCUGGAGUGGACGUGGGUUCUACGGUCGUCUCUACCGACUCGCUUUACGCUGGGUUGAAGCGGACCUCCUCUGAAUCACUCUAUCACCAGACUCUUUUGGGUACCCAUAACAAGAUUGGGCAAACUGAAGCUUGGUAUUCAUCAAACCCUUUAGCCAAGCGCCCUAGAUAUGAGAGUACGAGUCAUUUGCCCAUUUAUCCCCAGAGGCCUGGAGAGAAGGACUGUGCCUAUUAUAUGCAAACAAGAACCUGUAAAUUUGGAGAUAGCUGCAAGUUUGACCAUCCUAUUUGGGUUCCAGAAGGGGGAAUCCCAGAUUGGAAAGAGGUUCCUCCUGUGCCAGCUGAAUCCCUUCCUGAGAGACCAGGCGAGCCGGAUUGUCCUUACUUCCUAAAGACCCAGAGGUGCAAGUUUGGUAUUAGGUGCAAAUUCAACCACCCGAAAGAUAGAAUUGCUCCUCCGGGUGCUCCUGAGGAUGGUGAUAUCUUACCUGAGCGGCCAUCAGAGCCUCCAUGUGCUUUCUACUUGAAGACCGGAAAAUGUAAGUUUGGUACGACCUGCAAAUUUCACCACCCCAAAGGUGUACAGAUACAGUCAACUGGAGUAGAAAUGGGCACUGAGGUGAAGAACACUGGAGAUGCAAAGACAGGGCAGCCACCUUUUGCCCCAGCAUUGAUGCACAACUCCAAAGGCCUUCCCGUCAGACCAGGUGAAGAAGAUUGCCCAUUCUAUCUAAAAACUGGCAGCUGUAAGUAUGGGGCAACUUGCCGUUACAAUCAUCCAGACAGAUACGCUGCUAUUGCAUCCACUCUUCUAACCUCUCCGACAACACAUUUCAACCUUGGUGUUAUCGCUCCAACAGCGUCUCUUCUGUCAUCUUUUGAUCCAAGGCUGACUCAGACAACGCUUGGAUUGGGCCCAACUAUUUACCCUCAGCGACCUGGUCAGCUGGAAUGUGAUUAUUACAUGAAAACUGGUAUAUGCAAGUUCGGGUAUAACUGCAAGUUUCACCAUCCUGUUGAUCGUUCAGCACCCACUGCAUCAGCUGCAGAAUCUCUGCUGCAAAACGUGAAAUUAACUCUUGCAGGCCUGCCGAGAAGAGAGGGCGCUAUACACUGCCCAUAUUACAUGAAGACUGGAACGUGCAAAUACGGGUCAACAUGCAAGUUUGACCACCCACCUCCUGGAGAGGUGAUGGCCGUUGCAACAUCGCAGCCAGGCUCAUCUUCUGCCGAGGAUGGUCAAAGAAAAGUUACAAAUGUGCAAACUCUAGUGAGGAGGUUGGGAAAGUGGCCGCUCCAUAUUGGUUCUCAGAUGAUAAAGUUGGGUCCGUUGCCGGGUUGCUGCGGUUAUGUUUUGAGAGAUUAUGCGAAAGAUACUCUUUCUUUAAGAUGGAGAUCUUGGAUAACAAGCUAUUACAUGGAUCGAUAUCUGAAGAAUCAAGCCUUCUUUAACUGGAAGUCUGGAACAGCUCUUGCAUUUUCCUUGACAACCUUUAAUGCUACUGUGGACCCGAUAUCUUCCUGCAAUAUCUUAUAUGGGAAAAAGAAAGAAGCAGAUUUCCAAUAUGGACUUGUGCGCAUUAGAGAAAAUGCUGAAUCCAUUGCAUUUUAUGUCUAUGAGGAAAAUAAAUCUGGAAUUCUUCACAAAUGGGUACUUGUACCUGAUCCAGAUUCUUCCAGCAGCAGUUGUUGCACCCAUGUAUUUCUCUGGCAAAUUGAAUUUGGAGUCGUUAAUCAGUCCGUGUCUGCUUUUAAUGACAUACUUGGAGAGUUUCCUCUCAUUGUCAAUUUCAGGCUAUCAGUUCCUUUUCUGUCAUUAAUCGGAACACGAGGGAUUCAUUGCCAUGCCUUUCCGCAGACAUUUAGCCUCUGCACUGUUAUGCUUUCAAAACCGAAUUUUGUUCUGUUGGACGAAUCUACUAAUGCGUUAGACGAAGCCAACAAGGCGCAUUUAUAUAAGCUAAUUGAAGCUGCAGGGAUCACUUAUAUCAGUAUUUGCCAUAGGAGAACCCUCUACAAACACCAUAAGAGCAUUUUACACAUAUCCCCAUUGGAACCAACAUGA